CCCAGUCCCUGAAGUGACUACUAUCCAGCCUGCACCCAGUCCCUGAAGUGACUACUAUCCAGCCUGCACCCAGACCCUGGACCCAGCACCCUGCACUCAUGCCUCGCUCAUUCCUAGUUGACUCCCUCAUCCUCAGGGAAACCAACGAGAAGAAGGAUGAGAACAGUCCACCCCUCUUCCCGUAUGCCAUGCAUCCUGCAAACACCCUGCACGGACUGUCUGCCGGCUCCUGCCACUCCAGGAAAGGCGGUCUGCUGUGUGUCUGCUCCAUGUGUGUCACAGCCUCCCAGCUCCAUGUUCCUCCGCCGGGCAUCCCCCUUCUGAAGGCUUCCUUCUCCUCCUUCAGCUCCCAGUACUGCCCCACAGCUCUAGGAAGACAACACUCGGGAUCUUCAGCCCUGAACCUCAGCCAUGCUCCAACCAUUUACCAGGCGUCCUACCCUGUUCCAGACCCCAGGCAAUUCCACUGCAUCUCAGUUGACAGCUCCUCCAGCCAGUUGCCCAGCAGUAAGAGGAUGCGCACAGCCUUCACCAGCACUCAGCUCCUGGAGCUGGAGAGAGAAUUCGCCUCCAACAUGUAUUUGUCCAGGCUCAGGCGCAUUGAGAUAGCCACUUACCUGAACCUCUCCGAAAAACAGGUGAAAAUCUGGUUCCAGAACAGAAGAGUAAAGCACAAGAAGGAAGGAAAGAGCAGCUCACACAGGAGCAGUCCCCACAACUGCAAAUGCUCAUCCUUCUCAUCCACAAAGUGUCUGGAGGAUGAGGAUGAGGAUGACCUGGUCCUUUCUCCUUCAUCCUCAGACAAGGAAGACAGAGACCUUUCUCCAAGCCCAUAAACCCCUGAACCUAGACAAAAAAGACUAUAAGGCACUUGGCCUAUUUUUUUUGUAUGUAUGAGGCAACUUGUAUAUAAACUACUAGACCCAACUGGUGGCAACUCAGAAGUUACCAAUGACACCAUCAAAACUGAGUUUAGAUAUGAAAUGUCUCCACAUUGAGCCCCUGCUUC